AUGGUGCGCGGGGCUCACACUACAACUGUCAUUAUUAUAUUACGCACGGUGGAUAUAAGUUUCGAUUUCAUUUCGCCGCCGCCGCCGCCGCCGCCGUUGCCGGCCGACGCAAUGAGUCGGAGUAGCCACCAAACGAAGCUGAAGACUCCGCCUCGGGGCCUCUUCUCCUGCGGGAUGUUCCGGAACUGCACGCAGUCCAUCCUCAGCCCGACCGCCUCUCCCGGCUCCCCCACUGCCUUCGUCCCCUCCACCUCCUCGCCUCCUCCAUCUGACAAUCCUCCGCCUCCGACUUCCUCUCCGCCGCCGCAUCCUCAGUCGUUCGGGAGCGCCAACCCGCCGCGGCGCACUGAAUCCGAACGGCCUCCCGGUUCCUCCUCGUCCUCUUCCUCCUCGUCCACUUCCCAGAGUUUCACCCAGUGGAGAUUCCCACUCCAGCACCAUCACCAACAGCAGGCGGCACCGGAGCCGGAGCGGAUCUCGCCGGCCCUGGACCCGUACGCCGCCGCGUCCUUCAACCUCGCCGAGGCAUUCCGAGCCGCGGAGCUCCAGUUCGCCUCCGGCGCCCGCCUACCAGCUCUGCGCCUGCUGGAGAAGUUCCUGGCGCCGGACGCUUCGCCGACGCCGAUAACCUGCCCUCCUGCAGUAAUGUCCGGUGUGGUAGCUGCCCUGCGCGAUCAGACCUCCGCGCGGCCUGCGGCCAAGGUGCUUCUCGCGCUGCUUCUGUCGGAGCACAACCGGAGGGCCGCGGUGGACGCAGGGGCGUCGUCCGCCGCAGUGGAGGCCGUGGCAGCGUCGGGACCAGCGGGUGUGACCGCGGAGCGAGCGCUGGCGGCGCUGGAGCUCCUUUGCACGGUCCCAGACGGCGCCGAGGAGGUGCGAGGGCACUCGGCUGCCGCUGCGGCGCUAGCAGGAGCAGUGGAAGGAAUGUCCGGGAGGGGGAGGGAGUGCGCCAUCGGGGUGAUGGCCGCGAUCUACGGCGGGGCAGAUGCAAGGGAUGUUCCACCGGAGGUGGGGAGAGCGGUGGUGGCGGCCAUGCAGGGGGAAUGCAGCGCGCGGGGGAGGCGGAAGGGGGCCCAGUUGCUGCGCGCACUACAGGAAAACGGCCGGUUGAAUAUCCCCACCGACACAGCCAUCGGGCAGCCGUGA